UCAUUGUUUAUGCCUUUUGCCUUUUUCGUUCGGAUGAUCAUUGCUUUAGUUCUGAGAUUUUUGAUUCUGAGAUGGCGUGCUUACACGAUCACAGUUGCGAAGAUCACGAUUGUUCCGCUGAUUGGUCUCUUUACAAGCACAUAGACAUAUCUAAGGUAACUGCUUUGAAUGAGGCUGUUCCAGGAAGUGUCAAGUCAGUUUUUAAAGCUUGGGAGCAGCGCCUUAGUUCUUCUGAGGAACACUUAGAGAGCAAUGAGGGCGAUCCAGAGUUACUCGUUUUCAUUCCAUUCACGUCAGAUGUUAAGAUCAAGAGCAUUUCAAUUGUUGGAGGUGCUGGUGGAACAAGUCCUUCCAAGAUGAGAGCGUUCAUCAAUCGAGAUGGCAUUGACUUUUCAGAUGCUCAAAGUAUGCAAGCUAUUCAGGAGUGGGAUUUGGCUGAGAAUUUGCAAGGUGUUUUAGAAUACCAAACAAGGUAUUCUAAAUUCCAAAGUGUGGCAAGUAUCACAUUGCAUUUUCCUGAGAAUUUUGGCGGUGACACAACUCAAAUACAAUAUAUUGGCUUAAAAGGUGAAGCUACUCAGUUGAGGAGGGACGUGGUUGCAACCAUCGUUUAUGAGCUUAUGCCAAAUCCUUCUGACCACAAGGCACAGGCUGAAGGUGGUGGGGGUCUUUCUCAUGUGGAAUGAAGAGUACCUGCUGUCUCUAGCAUGUUUCUUCUGGAGUGGAUUCUUGCUUCUUGAAAUGUUGUUGAAACUCAUUACUUUCUUUCUUGCUGGUGACUAGACCAUUUAAUGCAUUUCAAUUGGUAUGAUUUUCUCCAUGUAUUGCAUCGAAACAAAAUUAGAGAACAAUUUCUGGCAGAACUACAGAUUUGUUAAUAUGUGGUUAACUCCUUGAAAAUGACAGGAAAAUAAUUUCCGGUGUUUGGUUGCA